AUGCUUACUCAAAAAUAUCUUAAAUAUGGGAAGGAAUUUUUAUAUGCUGCUACUGAACUCAGGCCGGACUAUGGUGUUAAUCGCCAGUUAAUAGAGCUGCUGUCGGUUUGUGCUCCAUCACCUGAAAAGAAACUGAACCUUUUAAAAGAAAUUGUUGUUGAGCAUGAGAUAGAAUGGGAUCUGGCUGCUUCAGAAACUGAGUUCUUUAAGAAACACGAGGACUUGCUGAAUGGCCCCACACAAUUUGUUGGGUCAAACGUGCCACCACCUGAAGAAAAACAAGAUGAAGAGUCAGACACUGCUCCUGAUACAUUCAAUAAAGAACAACCUGAUCUGAUUCCGAUUCAGACAUAUUGGACUUCCUUGAUGUGCCUAAGGUAUCGGUCCAGCCAAAUGCAAAUAUUGCCACAGCUCCAGUUGUUCCACCUCCUGAAGUUAAUCUUCGUUCAUCUAGCUACUCUGGAGAUAUCCCAGAUGUAAGGCAUGAGCAAGUUCACGAGAUGUCAACUAUUCAGAGAGAUUAACCCCAUAAUACAUCUGGUAAAAUGGAAAGCAAGUAGUUUGUGCUGUUCAUCUCACCUCCACUACCGGCUGGAUCAUAUUCUACUAGACAUAGUAAUUCUCCUCCCCCCAUGUUGAGCACAAAAAUUGAAGCCAAUGUGAACUCCUUGUCAAGCUCAAAAUAUGAAGCCAAUGUGGACCUGCAGGAUGUGUUGGCUACUUCUCAUGCUGCCACAAAAACUGUUGAACGUGCUACAGUUGCAGCUCGCUCAGCAGCUAGUUUUGCUCAAGUCCUAAUUAGCAAGCUUACCAGGAAAAACAGUGAACAGUCACCUGAUAACAGCUCUGUGAACGCAUUUUAUGCAGGGGAUGACAAUCAAUCUACUACAGAAAGGGGACAUCUAGCUAAGCAUAAUUCUAGAGGUACCAUAAUGUCCUAAUGUCCAACAAUC